AUGGAAGUACCUCAAUCAGCAAACGUGUACACGCUAAACUCAUUACCAGUGAGAAUCAGAUACACAGGCACGCAUGCUCUGAAGCAUUUCAAAGUCGAGGAGGAAUUGAAAGAUGGGGAGAAGGUUUACAGCACACACAUCCGUGGACGGAGACUUAUUGGUAAAGAGAUGCCCUUAGAGUAUCAAGCGCAUAUUUUGACAAAGCAGUUCGACGCGUUGCAAUCCUUGGGUGUUUGCGAAAAGGGCAUAUGGUUUGAAAGAGAAGG